AUGGUUGUGCAGCGCGCGCUCGAUCAGGCGGCGCUGGGAGGUGCUACCAGCGCGUGGCUUCAAGCCAUGCAGCAGCAGUACAAAGCUGCUGCCGAGAUGACAGGUGCGCUAGGGCGGAGGGACGCGCAUGGGGUCGCGGUGGCGAUCCGCAAGCUGUACGGCAUGACGCAGAAGGGAGACGAGCAGUCGAUGCUCACCACUCUGCAGCAGGCCACGCAGAUCUUGCUGCAAUCGCCGCCUCCAGCCGCUGACGCCGCGCCAGUCCCGGUGGUGGCGAUCAAGCAGGAAGCUCAAUCACAUAACUCAGUCGCAACCACAGAGAACGCAACGGUGCAGCAGCAGAAUGGAAAGGACUCCAGCACCCACGAGGAAGAGGCGGCACAAGCACUCACGGGACUGCGAGCCACAGCUUCGAGUGCGACGGCGACAACGACGACCACAGCGUCAGUGAUCUCAACGUCGGCCGCGCGUCCACCGGCUGUGCCGAAGCCGUCCCCUACAGCCCCUCAAGCCUCAUUUCCGUCCUUCGCGCUGGGUUCACCGCUGACUAUCACAGCGCCGCCGCCACAACUGAAUUUCCAUCCCCCAGAGCUGUUCACGCCUGGUUCGGUGCGGUCGCCCACCACCCCAUCGUCAUUACCCAGUCUCUUUGCGCGCAGACUAUUGGCGCCUUUGGCGUCUCCAUCCAGUGUGACGGAGCAGGGUGUUACUGGAAUGGGAUACCAGAAUCCCAUGAUCGUCACGGACCAACGAAACCCGAUGGGCUCUACGAUUCGACCGGACACCUCGCCAGCGUCUCUCACUCCCGUGUUUUACUCGUCGUUUCCGACACUGGCAACGGUCAACAACGUCGCUAAUGCGGGUGCCACACCUUCAAACCGACCGACUACGGCGUCCCCUGUCAAGCGCAAAAGUAUCACAUCCAAGCAGCUAAGUGUCAGGUGCGACGCUGAAGUCGCUGCUGCUCGUGCAGCUGCGUCUACAGCAGCGGCAGCAGCAGACACUUCUGGACUCGUGCCGCUGGGUCCUAUCUCCGUGCCUGGUACACCCAGCACACCUGCGACUCGUAAAGCUACUCCUCGUCGGUGGACCAAGGAAGAAGAUGACGCUCUGCGUGCUGCAGUGGAGAACCACCGCGAGAAGAACUGGAAGGCUAUCGCUGCUCAAGUGCCUGGACGCAACCACACGCAGUGUUUACAGCGAUGGACCAAAGUGCUGGCCCCGGGUCUUGUAAAGGGCCACUGGUCUCCGCACGAAGACGAACUACUGCGGCGUCUUGUGGCAACUGAGCAGAAGAACUGGGGCGAUGUGGCCUCCAAGAUCCCAGGUCGGACGUCCAAGCAGUGCCGUGAGCGGUGGCACAAUCACCUGGACCCGCAGAUCGUACGCGGUGCGUACACGCCCGAGGAGGACCGACUGAUCCUGGAGGCGCAGGCGCGACUGGGCAAUCGCUGGUCGGUCAUUGCAGCGAUGCUGCCUGGCCGGACUGAAGACGCCGUCAAGAUCCGCUGGAAGUCGCACUGCCGCGUGUGGCGAGCCCGCAAGUAUCUGCGGAAGAAUCCAAACAGUGAUGUGGAUAUGCUGAGCGAGCCUGCACAGACCCCCCGAACUCCACUGGUGCCUCCUACUGGCGACUUUAAGUGGCCAGUUUCCCUUCCAAAUGGCCCUGCAGACGAACAAGAAUCAAACACAAGCAAAACGAGUGCCGAGGCGACGGCGCAAGCCGUGGGUGGGGAGUAA